GUACGCGCCUCGUUUCGGCUCCAUGCGAAGUUUCCUUCGCCUAUUGGUGUUACGAAAUUUAAAAAUCGAACGCUUUUGUUAUAAGUGGUAGUUUUGUUUAUGGACGAAUUUUUCUGGGUUGUUUUUGAGGUGGCUUGUGAACAAGAAUGGAACAGAUUACGAAAUACUUAAUCAUCAUCGCAUCACUAAUGACUGUCAAGUUUACAGUGACUGGUAGUAAGAACGAAGACAUUGAACCCAGAAUGGAAAGACUUUAUUAUUCACCAGUGUUCAUUAACGUUUGCGACAUUGUCGAUCGACGAUCUAAAGUUCACUGUUAUUGUGACAGUAACAAGCCCAAAAUGGCCACCAGAGCGGACUGCUGGGUAUUUAGCGGAGGAAUUACUGAAGAGGAUCUCAUCUGGCCUAGUUUUUCAUCGCAAUCCGAAAUAGAACAUCUGAUGUUUAACGUAAGGUCGGACGACGCGCUCACAUUCAUUCCAGCGAAAGCAAUAGUAAGGCUGGAUAAAUUGAAACAUCUCUCUAUACAAUUUGGAACUAUAAAAAGAAUCCCACCGUACGCAUUUACGAACUCUUCGACAGUCAGACAAAUUGUGUUAAAAUCAAAUAAGAUCGCCACAUUAGAGAAGCACUCGUUUUCACAGAUGAUGAUGUUAUCGAAUCUAAGCCUGGACGAAAAUCAAAUAUCGGAAUUAAAGAGAGACGUGUUUUUUGGUCUACCAAACCUACACGUUUUACAUUUAUCGAAUAACAAUUUAAGUCUGAUUCAUGAAGGUUGUUUCAAGCACUUGAAUAAUUUAAUAGAACUCAAUUUGGAUUAUAAUUACAUAUCAGUAGUGACUAGAGAAAUGUUAGAAGGGCUCGAAAACCUAUCUAGAUUGAAUUUGAGGAAUAAUAAACUAACAAUGGUUGGGAAUUUGGCAUUUAGUGAACUGUGGGGAUUGAAAGAGCUGAUGUUAGAUAAUAAUGCUUUAGAAUAUAUAUCAGAGAGGGCUUUCGGGGGCCUCACACAGUUGAGAAAAUUGACGCUGUCCGGCAAUAAGCUGACAAAGUUCUACGAGGAUAUACUGGACGAUAUAAGAAGCCUAGUCAUUUUAGAUUUGAGGUACAAUAUGUUGGAAGCCAUCUCAUAUGAAACCGUUCGACCAGUGGUGGAGAAUGACAAAUCUGCUUCAACUGCAGUUUAUUUGGAAGGUAACCCACUCAACUGUAAUUGCCGCCUCUCCUGGAUCUACGCGUUACGCAACGAGACGCGAGACAACACACUAAGGCAGGCUCUCGAGAAAGUAUCAUGUGUCACCGACCUAACUGUCGACAGGCACUUGAACGACCAAGAAGAUAACGAAAGCGCCAAAGAUAAUGCCCUACCCGAAGACACUUACGACUAUUAUGAUAAAACCGAAGAGUAUUCCGAAAGGAAAUUCACCAAAAAAGCUACGAAACUUAUCGAUAUUCCCCUGGAAACUCUUCCGUGCCCCAAAGAGCUGAUGCAAACUGAAGAGUACGGCCACCCAGUACAAAACGAGAUCAGACUCAAAGCGUUCUCCAAUGUCGAUAAAAUAUCUCCGUGUUUAAUUUUAGUUGUAUUCAUGCUGUUGUGUUAAUUUGUAAGUAUGAGACAAAAAUAUUUGUGAUAUUAGACGUUAACUAGUGUAUCUCUCGUGUACAGAUUUAAUAAUAUAUUUGUUGUUCUAAAUGUAGCUGUUGUAUUUCGCCAUUUUAUAUUUUAAUGUGUGCGGUGUGUGUCCUAAUUCUUAGAUGGUAUAAUGUUGUUUAAUUAAUGGAAAAUGUUCAGUUUUUGUUUCGUUGUGACAUGCUCAUGUGAAUACUUAGGUCCAUUGACCUUAUUAGUUCUGCUUAUAAAGUCUAUGCAAAUUAUAUAAUAAGAUACCUUUUUAGUAUGAAAAGGUAUUCAUUUACCUGAUGAGUGUGAUUGAACUCGGCUUUUGUAAGCUGUACUGUCAUUUUAAAAGGUUUCUUUAUGCUGCCUUGCUACCAUGCAGUUAAACGCACGUGGAAAAUGUAGACCACAGAUCAAUGCCACGAUUUUUUAAAAUUAUAGGUUUACAAAAUACAGUAUAAUACCUACACCAUUAAAACUAAAUAACAUAUCUGGUCCAUCAAUUUUUAAACCCAAACUCUAUAAAUUGAUGGAUAAAAAUACGUUUGAAGUAUCAAAUGCUAGAAUAUAAUUUAUUUUAUCGAAAACACGUCACCUCGAUUUCAUGUCAAUAAAUAACAGCCAGUAAUUAGAACCUCGCCGCACGCUUUUGUUUUAAAAAUAAAAUGUUCUUUUUUAUUAAGGGUGUCACGUUUCAUAGAGUGUACAGCAAAAAAUUUCAUCUCGUUAAAGGAGACUCCGUAGGGAUUAACUCGAUGUGUGAUUCGGACAACAUUCCGAAUGCGAGCAUCGUAAGCCGAGACGCUUAAAAUUAUCUGGCUUUUGUAAAAUUUUGCAAGGAUUUACUCUAUUAGAAGAAUAUUUUGAAAGCGAAUAAAUCGUUUUCAAUUCAAGUUGAAUUAAUGUAAAUAGUUGUAUAGCCCUUUGUUGUUAAUUAAUGUUCCAACAAUGUUGGGAUUAUUUUAAAUUAUUAAUGAUAUGUUGUUGUUUUAGAUGAACAAUAGUUAAGCGAAUGAUGUUCGUGAAAUAUUCAAUAUGCACGUUUGAAAUAUAAACAUUUGUUGUAUAAAUAUGAGAGUUUAGUCUGCAUACUGUUUAAAUUUAAACACGAUAAUUAAUUAUCUCAUUUCUUAAUUUACCAACGUCAUUGAUAUUUCAUACAACAGCACUACAUAUCUAAAUCAAAAGAGUAAAAUGAUCAGUGUCCUAUUUUAUGCACAAACUACGCAAUAGAAAGAUUCUUCUGUGAUUUUAACAAAGGUUGCACGAUGCCAGACACGUCCUUCGGAUGCCAGGGAAUCCUCUGACAUACCUCAGUAUCAUUCGGCAUUCCAAUGAAUACUUUCCCAAGUCGUACCCAAGAGAAAGACAGUCCCCUGCCCUGACGGUAAACGUACCUUUCUCGUCAAUUCAAAAUUCGAAACAGUAGAACAGUGAUACCAACUUACAAACAAAUAAGUUCGCUAAAUUGUAUUUACGAUCGCGUCUUUGAUUGUCGUUCGAAAUUCAUAUUUAAAAUAAAAAAUGGCCUUUUUUACUUACAGAUAAAAAAGGACAUCUUUAUAAAAAUAAUGAGAAUUUCGUCACAAGGUCUUAGUAGAAAUUUCAAGUAUUUCGCGUCUAACAAUUUUGAUCCCGGGUAACGAUACGGCUAUCUUUAUCGAGAUUAUAGGCUAUUUUAUCCUUUAAUUAUACAUGAGACUAACACCAAUGGAGCAGACAAAAUGGCUGCGGAAUUUUAUUAAAUAUCCUGUUGGUUACGUGAACUGAAUUUUUAUUGUGUACUUGUGUUGCUGAGGUCGCUUCAUAACUGCCUUCUUUAACUCUUUUGGAAAAUGUAUUGCGAGUGUGUGUGCUAUUACUUUAUUUGUAGGCUGUGUUCCUUGCUAUAUUUCUUGUAUUUUAUUUGUUCGCGCGCGGUGACUUCCAUUUUUGAAAUUCUUUGUCUCGUUGUUAUGCAAUUUAUUAAGGCUGGCUUCUUACUAGAAGAUCAUUAUUUUUACAUACACACUUUUUUACUAUGGGUGUUUAAGUCUAACAGUAAAAUGUAUAAGUUCAAAGGUCAGAGUUUAUAGUUUAAAAAUUAAAUUAGGUACUCAGAUGUUACGUAAAUAUAAUUUAUUACUUUAAAAGUAUCCGUUAUCACGAAUUUGAUAAAAUAAAGAGGAAUAUUUCCAAUGGAGCCCACGUAAGUCAAGUUACAUAAUUUCACAUUUCAAAAAUAAACCAUUUAAUUAUCAACCUGAAACUGUUCUUUGUUUUCAGUGCAAAUCAAUUCGAGUCACUAAUUGGCAGAUAUGAAUUCAAAAUUAUGUAACCUGUAAACUUGUUUUAACAAAUCCAGGUGUAUUUCAAAUCCUGGGCUUAAAGUAUUCAUUGUAAUUCUAGCUUUCAAACUGGGUCACUUGAUUAUACAAUUCUGUUAGAAGACGAAAACCUGCUAAAAGAAAGACUCUAGUCUAAUCGAUGUCAGUGACGACACUAGGUGUCAUAUUAACGUUGUCAACUGUCGAAUGUGAUAGAUAAAUAUUUUUACCCACUCAAAAUGAUGUAACAGUCAUUCAAUUAUAGAGUUUGAACUAUGAUGUGUAAAAGUCAUCGUAUACCUAACAAACACGGCUCGGGCACAGCUCCUGUACGACGUAGUUUCGAAUUUUGCUGCCGCUAACCGCCAGCGCGCUAACGGCGCGUCGUCCGUAAGUUGUAAUCUCGCAAACCGAGUGCCGACGGCUCGUGGCGUGUUGUAAGCGCGCGGUCGGCGCGCCGGCCGCGAGGUUUUUGUCACCACGAGACAAAAAGUUAUUUUUUGCUCUGGACAAAGAACAAGACACUCAAACGGGAAAGAAAAAGAAAUAUUGGGUGCAUAACAUGUUAAAAGAAAGACAAGCAGAAGAGAAAUACAUGAAAAACUUUAGACAUUUGAUAGGCGAUGAAGAAAAUUCUACAAAAAUAUUUUCAUAGCCCUUUUUUUUUAAGGGGAGAAAGUCAUCGAAUGGCUGC